AUGCAAACGGAAGCAAGCCUUCCAGCCAAAAUUCUCGAGAAACGAAACCGAAGGCCAAGUCAGCAACAACCAACGCCAGAAAUAAUUGACAAGCCUCAUCAACCACCGUUGAAAUCAAUUGACAGCCUUCCAACUUCAUCGGCGGUGGUGGUAGUUAAAAGUCAUCGUGAUGAUGAUGAUGGUGAUGACUCGACCACCUCGGCUUGUUCCGCCAAGCAGCAAGAACGACAACAACUAGUCCUCAACCAUUCAUCAUCAUCAUCGCCUACUCCUCUUCCACAACAACAACCACCACCACCAUUCAUGGAACAAGGAAUGAAUGAGGCCAUUCCGAAGAAGAAGAAGAAGAAUUCUUCUCCAGAAACGAAUCAGAAUGAUAAUGGAAAGAAGGAAUUCGGAGGCUCUGGCGAAAAGAAUAAUUAUUUUGAUGGACAAGGAAAUGUUCCUCUUCGUAACAACCAAAUGACGAAUCCUCCUUGUCCUCCCAUCAUGGCGAAGACGACCACGACGAACACAGAAAAAGAGUUUGAGCCUUUGCUUCCGAGACCGAUCCGAACAGCCGCUUCCACACCAUUGACCAACAACACAACGAGCUCAUUACCUUCCAUUCCUAUAACGGCUAGCAACAAUAAUAUGAUGAUUCAUCAUGGACCUUACACAGCUGCGAUAGGAGGAAUCAAUAACAACAAUAACAACACGGGUGCAAGUUUCACUCCAUCGCCAUUAUCGGCGAACUCUCAUGCGGGGUUUUCUCAGAACGCUUUUCCGAGUCAGUCGUCCUUCUCGAAUGCGAAUGCGAUCAGCAACGUUAUGAAUCAUUCACAAGACAUGAGUGCCGAAAACAAAAAGAGAAGAAGAAAUCAAGCCAAAUCGGCGUGUGAAGCUUGCCGACGUGCUCACACCGCAUGUCAAGACCAAAAACCAUGUCAUCGAUGUGUCAAGCUUGGCUUGGAAUGUGUAGAGGCACAGAAAAAGACAAAGGUGAAAAUUGCAAAAACUUCUGGAACUUCGCCGUCAGCAUCCAUGUUACCUCUCUCGACAAUCAUGACAGCGAGCACUACCAUGACAUCCAACGGUCAAUACAAUUUGCCUCAGACCUUGAUCAAUUGCGGUGCUUCUGCUCAUGGAUCAAUGACGAACACCACUACUCAAGCAUCCAGCGACCAUCAGAGACAUCAAACUGGAGGAAACCAAACAUCUCCACCUGUUAAAGGUGUCUCCCGUAAGAAGCAUGCAGAAUCUGCAAUUGGCUCAGUUUCUUCUUCUUCGUCGUCAACAACCUCUUCGUCAUCGGAUGGUGGUGGCGAACAACGAGGUUUUGAUCCAGUCCCUGUUCAAUUUCAUGCAUCUUCCCACACGAUUGAUGUUAGUAUUCAACCUCAUCAUGGUGGUGGUCAUGCAUUUCAAGAGUCUACAAGUCCAUUGGGUGGAUUAGUAGCGAGCAAUCAUCAAUCACAAGCUUUAACUCACACAACAGGGCAACCUCUUGCAACUCCUGCAGCAUCUAUGCCUAAUGCCUCGCAACAAUCAGGUCACAUGAUGAAUUCCAUUCCUUACCAUGAUUCACACCACAAUUAUGGGUCGUCUUCAUCGACACCACAUGACAGCUUGUCCAAUUACCACCCACCAAACACACCAACCACAGGAGGAGACAGCAACAACAACGUUGGUGAGGGAUCGGUCCACCUUUCUCAAUUGUCACCUCAAUUCAUUUUGCAAUUCCAACAACAUGUCAAGGAUGGAAACAUCGACAAACUACGUGCAGCGUGUGAGCAGUGUUUUCAACUCAUUACCAUGUCUGUUGAGGAAAUGAAAAAGACGUUUGCCAUUCCUCAACUCUCUCGUCAUCAACAACAAGAUUUUCAAUGGAAUUUGACUCGUAAUGGAUUUUUAUUGUCCUACUUGUAUGGAAAAUUCAAUGUCAUGAAUAUGAUGAGAGAUGUAUUAUGGACUCGUCAUCGAAAAGAGUACAUUGAUUUUCUAUACAAACUCAUCUCAUUAGAAGACGACAAGGCACUCAUACGCAUGUUUUUACAGGGAGUUCAAUUAGAUCUCAACACGAUUGAGAAUGAUAAUGGCGUUGGAUUAUUAAGCUUUUGUGCAUGUUUCGGUCGAAUUGAAAUUUUCAAAAUGCUUUGUGAAGAAUUUUCUUGCUCACUCUAUCAGUGUCGAAACGAAAAGUAUUUACCCAUUCAUUUUGCUUGUAGUUAUGGAAAUGUAGAAAUUGCAGAGUAUAUUCUUCAAAAGCAUCCAGAUCAACUCGAUAUUCAAAUUAAUAAUCACAGCUCUCCCCUAUUAAUUUCAGCCGCCUAUGGUAGCAUGAAGAGUGUCAAGUUUUUAGUGGAACGUGGAGCCAAUGUGAUGUUGAGUGAUCAUGACGGUCAAUGCGCGGUUUAUAAUGCCACCAAGUACAAUCAUUUUUCAAUUGUUCAAUAUUUAGCACAACACAAUGCAGAUCUUUAUGCCAAAACUAACUCUGGUCAAAGUAUUUUUGACUUGGCAGAAGGAUCACCAGAAAAGAAACUCUUAUUGGAGCUCAUCAUUCAAAACAAAACUCUCAACGAUAGAAUUUCCUUACAGGAUGACCUUAUUAGAUCAAUGAGGCAAACUUGUAAAUAA